UGUGAGAUAAGAUAUAUGAUGAGCGACAUGUGUGGGUAUCAAAUCCGAUCGCAGCCCCCGAUCCAGCCACGGCGGCGUCCCGUGCGGCUGUCGCCCACCGUUUCUUCUUCUUCGGUUGCGCCGCGCAGCAAGGAGUCCGUGCAGCUCAGCUCUCGCGGCCCGCGCGACCCAGCUCCUGCCCGUGCCGCGUCCGCCGUCUUCCUCGCGCCGCCGCGGAUCCAGCGAGGUAAUUCUUCGCGGGUUCUCGUGUCGCGCGUGCCCCCGCCCGGUUCGCGGGCUCCGCGCGUCGCGUUCGCCGUGGAUCUUGGGCCGGAUUGUCCCGAUACCCCGCAGCGACCCCCCUCCUCGCGGGUUCGUUGUGCGUCAGGCUGAUAUUCGAGCGGAGGUUCGCGGUUUCCUGGCGUCUCGUCGCUGCCGCCAGUUCAUGCCUAGGCAUUUCUUGGUGCCAUUGAUUUUUAAUUUAUUAACAAUAAGAUUUGAAGAAUCAACAUUAUUCAAGGAUUGAUUGGAUAUGGUAUCAGUGAAUCUUGGCUUAGUACAUUAUGUACUGGACCACAUAUAUGGGUCUCUCCUUCAUCGCACCAAAUUAGGAACACCAUUUUUCUCGAAAGGAUGGGGAGGUACUAAACUUGAUUUGCUAGAGAGGAUGGUGAAGCAGUUAUUCCCUGAGGCGCAUUGCCAGAACUGGCCACCAACUGCUGUGCAGCCCAUGUGGAAAACAAUUUGGGAGACACAAAAUUCUUGUCUGCGAGAGGGUGUUUUCAGGACUACAUGUCAUGAGCAACUAAUUGACGCAUUGCCUCCUGAGAGUCACAAUGCAAGAGUUGCUUUUCUUACCCCUAAAUCUGUUAAACCAGAGAAUAUGGCAUGUGUGAUCCAUCUGGCAGGCACUGGUGACCACACAUUCGAGCGCAGACUUCGGCUUGGUGGGCCUCUUUUGAAGGACAAUAUCGCAACUAUGGUUCUUGAGAGCCCCUAUUAUGGACAACGACGUCCUAGCAUGCAGCAUGGGUCAAAGCUUCAGUGUGUGAGUGAUUUGUUACUUUUAGGAAAAGCCACAAUUGAUGAAGCUCGCAGCCUCCUGUACUGGCUGCAGACUGAGGCUGGUUAUGGGAAAAUUGGCAUAUGUGGGCUCAGCAUGGGUGGUGUGCAUGCGGCAAUGGUUGGAUCCCUGCAUCCUACACCAAUUGCGACACUACCAUUUCUCGCCCCACACUCUGCAGUUGUACCUUUUUGUGAAGGAGUCUACAAAUACGCCACAGCUUGGGAUGCAUUGAGAGAAGAUGCAGCUGCAUUAACUCGAGAUGUAACAUCUUUGACCGAAGAUGCGGCACAGAAAACUGGGAUCACUAUCGAGCAAGUUAGGGACAAGUUGCGGUCAGUUUUGUCUUUGACUGAUGUAACUCGAUUUCCAGUGCCAAAGAACCCACAGGCUGUCAUCUUUGUCGGUGCAACGGAUGAUGGUUACAUUCCCAGACAUUCAGUCAUGGAGCUCCAGAAGGCAUGGCCGGGCUCAGAAGUCCGGUGGGUAACAGGAGGCCAUGUUUCCUCCUUUUUCCUCCACAACAAUGCAUUUCGAAAGGCAAUUGUUGAUGCUCUUGAUAGAUUGUGACAUCAGAAGGAAGUCAUCAUUGUGAUGGCACUUUUAUGUUGUAAUUGUUGAGAACCUGGGAGCGUUGACAAUUUGUUGUUUGUAACUUAAUUGUUCUUUUCCCCUGAGAUGGGGAGGGAGGCUGGUUGCAGAUCACAUUUGUAAAAUCUAACACCCCAUUAUUUGGAAGUAGUUUAUUAGUUUUACAACAACUUAUUGGUUA